CCGCGCCCCGCUCCUGCUCCCCGCGCGUCGCCGGCGCCGCGCCAGUCGCCGACAGCACAUCCUUGCGAGCGUGUCUCCUCCCCUCCGGGACUGGACUCCUGAAAAUAUUUCAAAACUGAACAAUUUCAGCCAAAUCGAAGCAUUCUGUCUUCACAGAGGUACCUGUGCCAUUUAGAGGAGCCCCAGCAGGUUGUCAGUCAUGGCAAACCUUGGUUGCUGGCUGCUGGUUCUCUUUGUGGCCACAUGGAGUGACCUUGGCCUCUGCAAGAAGCGGACGAAGCCUGGAGGAGGGUGGAACACUGGGGGGAGUCGAUACCCAGGGCAAGGGAGCCCUGGAGGCAACCGAUACCCACCUCAGGGUGGCGCUGGCUGGGGGCAGCCUCAUGGUGGUGGCUGGGGGCAGCCUCACGGUGGUGGCUGGGGGCAGCCUCAUGGUGGUGGCUGGGGGCAGCCCCAUGGUGGUGGCUGGGGGCAGCCCCAUGGUGGUGGCUGGGGGCAGGGUAGCUCCCACAAUCAGUGGAACAAGCCCAGUAAGCCCAAAACCAAUAUGAAGCAUAUGGCUGGAGCAGCGGCGGCUGGGGCGGUUGUGGGUGGCCUGGGGGGUUACAUGCUGGGCAGCGCCAUGAGCAGGCCCCUUAUUCACUUUGGCAAUGACUACGAGGACCGCUACUACCGAGAGAACAUGAACCGUUACCCCAGCCAAGUGUACUACAAGCCUGUGGAUCAGUACAGCAACCAGAACAACUUCGUGCAUGACUGCGUCAACAUCACGGUCAAGCAGCACACAGUGACCACCACCACCAAAGGAGAGAACUUCACCGAGACCGACGUGAAGAUCAUGGAGCGGAUGGUAGAGCAGAUGUGCAUCACCCAGUACCAGAAGGAGGCCCAGGCCUCCUACUACGAGCCUAGAUCUGCAGCUGUGUUCUUCUCCUCCCCACCUGUGAUCCUCCUCAUCUCCUUCCUCAUCUUCCUGAUAGUGGGAUGAGGAGUUCUUCCUGUAUGCAGCACCCAGUCCAUCAAGCUCAAAGUCGGGGAGGGGGGGGGAUCUGCCUGCAACCCCAUUAGUGGUGGCGUCUCAUUCUUGCUUCUCUCUUUGUCCCCCAUAGGCACUGGGAAGUGUAGGGUAGAUCCAGAUGCUCGUUCUUAAGGUGGGUUGAGGCCUUCUUGGCCCCAUGCUAAUGCCUGGCCAGGAAGAAUGGAGCAGCAAAUAAUCACUAGUUUGUCUAGGCUUAUUUUUGGUCUAGCAACUUCAAAACAGUCCUCAAAAAUUAUGUCUGAGCUCUUCUGUCUUCUCCAGCAUCCCAGACCCAGGGCAUGAAUGCCUGGGCUUAGUACUGAUUGUGCAACAAUGUAGAGAAGUUUUUGUUUGGUCAUCCCUUUUAAGAAAACCUGGCAGCAUCUCUGCCAAAUUUGGAUAGAGGCCGUACGAUACUCGUUUAUUUAUUUUUUUUAAAUGCUGCAAAUGCUUAGCUCUCCAGCCACAGGCUCAGCCCGCUGGAGCACAUGCUUGGAGAUCUGGGGGCAGGGGGAAAGGGGGAUUGCAUAUUGCCUUUUGUCAUUCCAGGGUAAAUAUCUAAAUCGGGUGCAACCCCUGCCCUCCCUCCAGCCAGAGAACAUUGUCAUGGGGUAUGUAGACUGUUUGCAGCAUGAGGCUCUAAGCCUCUGAGAACAGCACCCCUCAACACAGUCUCCAUAGUGGGUAUCCUUUCCUUAGUAACGUAAGUGAUAGAUAACUAAGGCAUCAAAAGAGAAAGAAAAGGAAUUAUCUAUCAUCUGCUCAACACUGAAGGAAAAUCUUUAUUCAUUUUCUGGAAACUGGGAUGCUUUUCACCAUGUUUAGAUGGAAGCAGAUAUUAACACAAAGGAAAGCCAAAAUUGUGAAGGCAGAAUGUUUCUAGACGGUGUGAUAAAGCUGAUAGGAAGUGCUUGUGUCUUCCUUCGGCCUUGUGGCUGUCAAAAACCAGAAUUCCACCACAUCCUUGAUUUCUACAAUUGGUAUUGAGUCAAAGUACAAGGAAAUUAAUCUUCCAAAAAGUAAAGAAUAAAAACCUUAAGUUUCACUCGACAGAAAUACAAUCCACUUCAAGUAGAAAAGGAAAUUCUGUUAAUGUCAUCGAACUAAGGUAAAGUUACUCCCUAAAUUACUCAAUGUUGUCACUUAGUGGAUAUGUGUUACUUUUGGCGAUGUUAUUGGCUUGCCCUGUUGUGGAUAUUCUAUGUAAAAUAUAUAUAAAAGCUAUAUUGCAUAUGAUGGACUUAGAAGUCUUGUUUAGAGCAGUUAACAUCUGCAAUGUCAAACACAUUAAUCGUUUGGUUAGGUACUAAAUACUCAAUAUGUGGGGAUCGUAUUGCGUGGCCCUUAGGCUUACAACUUGCACUGAAUAGUUUUGUAUAAAAAUCCAAAGUGAACGCCUUCACUGGUCUUUGCAAUGUGCAUGUACUUUAUAUUUUCUAUAUUUGUAACUUCGCAUGUACUUAUUUUGUUGUAUAAAAAAUUUAUAAAUGUUUACUAUCUGACUGGAUUAAACAAGCUAAGAUGAGUACCA